AGUUGAGUUGCUCAAUGCAAAUUUUCUUCCAAGUGCAAAACAGCUUACCGGGCGCGGCUAGCGGUUGAUGGCGCUGCGGUUAGAGCCGAGCAAAGCUCAGCGCCUGCAGUUGCAGGAACCUGUCGGCGGAAAAGUGAAGUAUAUCCGCAACAGGUGGUGGCUGCUGCAGAGAGUGCACUUGUGAGAACGGAUGGCGGUUGCGCGCAGAAAAUUCUUGCAGAGCAGGCAAGUAGGGUCUCUUCUCUUUUUGUUGUGCAUAUCUACGGGGAGCGCGGCCACUAUCCGCUAUUCGGUGGCGGAAGAGAUGGAGAGCGGUUCGUUUGUGGCUAAUGUGGCCAAGGACCUGGGGCUGGAGGUAGGGAAGCUGGCUGCGCGCGGGGCGCGACUGGUUUCCGAAGGCAGCAAAGUGCAUUUCCGGCUCCACCGCAAGACAGGGGAUCUGUUCGUGAAGGAGAAACUGGAUAGGGAGUCGCUUUGUGGCAAAGCUGACCCGUGUGUGCUGCACUUUGAAAUAGUCCUGGUGGAGCCGCUGCAGUCCUUUCGUGCGGAGGUCAGGGUAUUUGAUAUCAAUGACAAUGCCCCGAUUUUCCUGAACAAGCAGCCGCUUUUAAAGAUUCCGGAGAGCACACCCUUGGGUUCACGUUUUCCUCUGCAGAGCGCCCAGGAUCUGGACGUGGGCCUCAAUGGUCUUCAAAACUACACCUUGAGCCCCAACGCGUAUUUCCACCUGCACACCCGUUUUCGCAGCCAAGGGCCCAAAUAUGCCGAGCUGGUCCUGGAUAAGCCUCUGGACAGAGAGGAGCAGCCUGAAGUCAACCUGACCAUUACGGCGGUGGACGGCGGGUCCCCACCCAAAUCUGGCAUCGCCCACAUCCGCGUGGAGGUUCUGGACGUCAAUGACCACGUACCUCAGUUCUCUAGACUGGUGUACCGCGUUCAGGUGCCGGAAAAUAGCGCCAAUGGUUCUUUGGUGGCCACUGUGAGUGCCACAGACCUGGACGAAGGCUCCAACAAGGAAAUAACGUACUCCUUAGCUCAAAACCCAGAAACAAUUCUCCAGACAUUUCAGAUUGACUCUCAAACUGGAGAGGUUCGUCUAAGAGGGCCCCUAGAUUUUGAAGCAAUUGAAACAUACGACAUUGACAUUCAAGCCACCGACGGAGGGGGCCUCUCUGCCCACAGCAAAGUCCUGGUGGAAGUGGUGGAUGUGAAUGACAAUCCUCCUGAGGUGACAGUCUCCUCUGUAUCCAGCCCUCUCCCCGAAGACUCCCCACUACAAACUGUAGUAGCCCUUUUCUCUAUUCGAGACCGGGACAUUCAGGUGGGAGGAAAAAUCAUCUGCUUCCUCAGAGAAGACCUUCCUUUUGCAGUCAAACCUACUUUCCGGAAUUCUUACUCACUGGUUACUGACAGAGGCUUGGAUCGGGAAGAGGUUUCCGGCUACAAUGUCACUGUUGUUGCCAUGGAUACUGGGCCACCCAGUCUGUUCACAGAAACUGUGAUUGAGGUGCUAAUAUCUGACAUUAAUGACAACCCCCCAGUAUUUCAGGAAGACUCCUACAUUUUGACUGUUCGAGAAAACAACAGCCCAGCAAUUUUUAUUGGCAAAGUUCAUGCUGAAGAUCUAGAUUUGGGUGAGAAUGCCCAAGUAACAUAUACUUUGCUGCCUCCAAAAAGUGGAGAUUUAGCCGUGUUUGCUUAUAUCUCCAUAAAUUCAGAUAACGGGAAGCUCUAUGCACUGAGAACCAUUGAUUAUGAGGCCAUUCAAGAUUUUCAGUUUGUGGUAAAGGCAACUGAUGGGGGCUUCUUGUCAUUGAGUAGCCAGGUUACUGUCAGAGUGGUUGUUCUGGAUGACAAUGACAACCGCCCAAUGAUCUUGUACCCACUGCAGAAUGGCACCUCACCCUGCAAUGACUUGGUGCCCAGGUCUGCAGAUGUGGGCUACCUGGUAACCAAGGUAGUGGCUGUGGAUGGUGACUCAGGUCGGAAUUCUUGGCUCUCAUAUCAUCUCCUUAAGGCCACUGACCCUGGGUUAUUCUCUGUUCAACAACAAAAUGGGGAAAUCCGUACAUUGCGGCAGAUAUCUGAGAGAGACCCUAUGAUUCAGAAACUGAUCGUUCUUGUUCAAGAUCAUGGCCAACCAGUUCUUUCCACUACUGCCUCACUCAACAUCUUGCUGGUAGAUGGAUUUUCUGAACCUUAUCUGCAAUUCCGGAAUCCAUCCAAGAAUCCUACAAGGGUAAAUCCAUCCACUAAAUAUUUGGUCAUUUCUCUAGCUGUGCUUUCCUUUCUCUUUCUCCUGUCUGUCACAGUGAUCUUUGUUCUUCACAUCUACCAGAAGGUUAAAUAUAGAGAAAAGUUCACAGUUCAAGAGCAUUUCUAUGAUGACUGUAAUUUCCCUAACAACCUGGUACAAGGAGGGGCCAGUGGGUCUUUAUCUCAGCCGUGUCCCUAUGAAAUGUGCUCAGCCACUGGCACCAGCAAUAGUGAGUUUCGGUUUCUUAAGCGCUUUAUGCCCAACUUUCCCUUCCCCCAUGGCACUGGAGAAGGCAAAAACAGAGGCUGGCUCCAGUUUACCACCAGAUUCUGAGAGGAAUAGGUCUCAGGGGUCAGAGGAUCAUGGUCGAGUAUCUGACAACUGUAUGUAGCUCUUACUUAUGAGCUAUAUGCAGCCAUUAUUUAUGUCUCCCUUGGGUUCAUUACUCCUGGCCCUGGAAAUGCUUAGUUGCAUAGAAAGAUCUGGUUAUUUUGCCUUUAAAUUAUUUUCCAGUAGACAGUUAUGCAUGCAUAGGGAAGAAAACUAGGUUCUAGUUUUGAUAUAUCAGGAAGCAAUUAGAUUUGAGAAGCAGAAAUAUAGUUUAUCAUUACUCAGAAGUUUCUAGAUUUUUGUGCCUCAGUAUGUGUAGAUCAUCUUUGACUCAAAAUCUUGCAUGUCAUCAUUCAUAAUAACACGAAUGCCUGGUGAAUGGUGUCCUCAUAGAUAAUCAGGAGGAAAGACAGGUAAAAAGAAAAAAAAAAGAUUGACUUAUUUGAGAAGGUGAAUAAAGGCAGAUAUAAGACUAAAGAGAUUCAGUUCAAGAAUGUUUUCCAAAGUUAAGUUAUAUGUGAGUUUUUAAUGGCUGUUUAUGGCCUAAGGCAAAUCUCAAACUUCUCUUUAUACCCAGAUGUCCAUUCCAUUCCUUAUCACAUUCAUUGAGUGUGGGGAAUGAAAGGUAGGUAAGGAAAAAAUAAAUUAGGCUUACUAUAGUUAACAAGUGCUAGCACACAACUAUAAAAUAAAAAGAUAUUAAGGAAAAAAUGAUCAUGAAUACCAAUUAAGUAGCCUUAAGAAAAGAUACAUUUUCACAUAUUACUAGAUUUUACUUUUUUCAACUUUUUCAGUUUUAUUGAGAUAUAACUGUAGCACUAUAUAAUCUCAAGGUGUAUGGCAUAAUUACCUUACUUACGUGUAUUGUGAAACUAUUACCAUAAUAAGUUUAGUUAACAAACAUGCCCCUCAAUUUCAGAUUGUCCUUGUCUUCUUUAGGUUAGAUUGAUGUUCUGCAUUAUUGGGAAAAAUACCACAGACAUGAUAUUGUAUCCUUCUCAAAUUGUCAUUAUCAGGGGGUACAUGAUGUCAAUGUGUCCUAUUGAGCAGUAAUAUUAAUUUUUUAAAACAUUGUGGUUAGGGGGAUCCCUGGGUGGCUCAGCGGUUUGGCGCCUGCCUUUGGCCC